AUGCGGUACAGAAACGAAUCCGAAAACGUAAAGAACUUGGCCAUUACAAUUGCUGAUUUCUUAUCAUCCCAAUCGGCUUGCAAAUUCGACCCAUCGUUUACGAGAAAGCUUAGAAUUGCUGUGAACUGUCUUGAGAAGGUUUAUUCCAUUAAUCUAAGGGAUUAUUUGCGCAUGAGAGAAUUUCCAAGCCUUCCAGAAAUAUUUCAAAGAGCCUCACAUCCAGUUCCAAUAAAGGACAAACUACAGGCAGAAAAAUGCAAAAUCCAGGGCAAUGCUCUUAUUCAGCAAGGCAAAUAUUCCAUGGCAGAGAUUGAGUUCACAAAAGCUAUUUGUCUUAAUGAACAAAAUCCUGUAUAUUACUGCAACAGGGCAGACACCAGAAUCAAACAAGGUCAGUACCAAAAGGCAGCAGCCGAUUGUCACAGAGCUUUGAGUUUGGAUCCUCAAUAUUCAAAAGCUUAUGCCAUACUGGGACAAGCUUACUUCAUGAUGAAUCUCCCAGCUAAAGCUGCUAGAUGUUACAGAAAGGCUCUUAAGAUACAGCCUCAUAAUGAGAUUUAUUUGAGAAUUCUUAGUCAUAUUACUCAGCCAACAAAUGGAUGUGGCUUUGAGAUUUUCAAUCCAUUUCUACGUUUGAAAAGAAAUAUCGCCGAUUUGGCGUCCAAUAUCUCGCCGUUGAGAAACGCCAUCGGUUGUAGUUAUCGUCCGCUUACAAAGGAUUCACCUCAUUCAAAAAGUCGUACAAUUUUAAGUCUUUCGGAAUCAACAGAUUAA